AUGGACACUUUCAAGAAGGUGACAAAUAACAAGGGAUUUGAUGACGCAACGCUUUGUCACCUAUUCAGCGAAACGUUGGAUGGCGAGGCAAUGAGUUGGUUUUUCGAAUGCUCACCAGGUUCCAUGGACUCAUUCUUAGCUCUGUCAAAUGCAUUUCUGUCAAGAUUCAUCCUCAUGACGGAUGGUUACCACAACUCCAACCAACUAUUCAGCAUCAACCAAGGUAUUGAUGAGUCGUUAAAAUCAUAUGUCACAAGGUGGAGGACCGCCACAUCGAGAUGUCGGGAUCUUGACAAAACAAUGGCGCUGGCGGCCUUCAAGCAGGCACUCCACAAGGCAAGUUUUCUAUAUCACCUCAACUGUAAUUGUCCAAACGCCACAUAUAACUACGUCAUGAAUGAGGCAGUCCUACAUGCCCAAGCUGAAUACAACACCUAUGGCGCCACACCACCACCACCACAAACUCCACUUAAAAACCCCCAACCCGCCACAUUCCAACAAGGAAACACCACCACCACCACCACUCCAAGCAUAACCACACCGCCCAAUGACAAAAAAAGGGAAUGGCAGCAUGGUAAUUACCAGGAUAAGCGGCAAAAGGAUCAACAAUAUCAUAACAAGGGCAACAGAUCUUUUCACAAUGAUCGCCGUGACAACCGCCAUAAUAAGCCCGCCGCAAAUGCUCAAAAAUUUGUGGUCUUUGCAGUCUUAACGGCGUCAUAUGAAGAAAUAUAUGAUCAGUGCAAAGAUCAAAUCCCACCACCACCCCUAAGAAAAUACCCCAGAGUAGGAAAACCUAGAAACACCGGCAAAUGGUGCAAACACCAUGAAGAUAGCGGUCACAACACCAACGACUGCAAUUGA